AUGGAAGAGCAAAUUCAACAGGCUGUCGAAAUAGCAAACAGUCCCUCAAGUGAUCCAGUUAUAAAAGAGCAAGCAUUAUCAUUUGUCAGUCAAAUAAAAUCUUCUACUAAUGGAUGGCAACCAUGUUUAAAAAUUUUACAGUUGGAUACAGCAUCAACUAACUCCAAGUUCUUUGCACUUCAAGUUAUAUGUGAAAGGUUGCCGCUUUUAUCUGACAGUGAAAAGAUUUCUUUAAAGGAUAUGAUAUUUAACUAUUUAUCUUCCUUGAUCUCACAGAAUAAAGUGGAACCUAUUUUUCUAAGAAAUGCCCUGUCCAAGACCCUUGGACUACUUUUUGUUCACUGUACUCUGAACUGUUAUGCUACAUUAGUUAAAGAUGUUUUAUCACUAGCGUAUAAUGGCUCCACUUUUAAUGAUAUUGCGACUGACUAUUAUGUUAGAACUUUAUCGGUUAUACAUCAAGAGAUAGGUGAUCAAAUGAUUACAAGGGAUAAUCGAUCACAAGAUCAACACAAUUUGUUGAAGGACUCAAUCAGAGCAAACGAUAUGCUUGAUAUGACAUCCGUGUGGAAAAAAAUUUUGGGACAUUAUACAAGCGAUGCUGUUGUGAACAGAUCAUUGGCUGAUGAAAUUAUCAACAACACAAUUAUAUGUAUCGGAUCUUUUGUGUCAUGGAUUGAAAUCAAUUUGAUUUUAGACGAGCAAUAUAUGUCAUUUUUGUAUCAGUUUUUGGGUGAAGGAACCAAUGCCAAAAGAAGAGCAAUUACGGCAAACACUUUCAAUGAAAUUCUACACAAAAAAAUGCCACCAAGCAAAAAAUUAGAACUGAUUAAUUUUCUUAACCUUGGAGGUAUUCUAAACCAGCUGAAUAUUAAUUCAAAUGCCAUUGAGUUUGAUGUUUCUAUGGCUCUAGCUAAAUUGGUGAAUCAAAUUGGUGAAGAGUCUAUUACAGUGCUCGAUAAAUGCUCACCAGCAGAAUUGGGAAGCGCUGAUUUUAGAAGUUUGGCAUGUUCCAAGAUUCUUGAGAUUUUUCCGUUGAUCUUUGAGUUUUUAUCAAACGAAUUUGAUGAUAUCUCUUUAGAGGUUUUUCCAUUCAUUUCCAAUUUCCUUUUACUUUUAAAGAAGAACAUCACUAAUGAAACUAUUGACCUGUCUGCUAUCAACAAUGAUGAAAUUUUAACAACUUUGUCGAAAAACAUCAUUUUAAAGCUGAAGUUUGAUGAAGACGACGACGGUGACGAUGAUGAUACCAUUGAGCAGUUCAAUGAAAUUAGGUCGAAAUUAAGUGUCUUUUUAGACUCCAUUGUUUUGCUAAACGAAACAUUGGCAUUAGAGGUUAUAAUCAAUUGUAUUAACGAGUUUCUAUUCUCUAAGAUUGGUGAUGCAGGUUCUCAACCUGACUGGAGAACAAUCGAAUUGGGCCUGUACGUUCUCACAUAUUAUAGUGAUAUGUUAAGGAACAAUGUGAUGAAUUUGCCAAAGACAAUGAUCAACAAUUCGAGACCUUACUUUGUAUUUAAUGAGAUGUUAUGCAAAGUCAUUACUAGUUCUACACAGAUUCUAAUCAAUCAUCCAUUGAUCCAACUCUCAUUUUUUGAAUUACUUCUAAAACACUACACCUUUUUCAAUAACAAUAACAUUCAAGUUGAAGGCGUAAACAAAGAGGAUAUUUUGCUGAAAGUUUUGAAUAUUUUCAUUUCUAAUUUUGGUGUUUUCAGUGAGAACGAUAAGGUUAAAUAUAGAUCAUGGUACUUGUUUCACAGAUUUGUUAAAAUGACCAGACCAAAGGUAGGUGAUUUUAUUAUUGAAGAGUUGAUCAAAUCGUUACUCCCAUUGUUAUCAUUUGAUUUUCAAAUUGUUUCGAAUAAAAAUAAAUUAUUAUCUAACGACCCUUCGGCUGCAUUAUUUGAUCUAGAUAUGACAUUAAUUGAAGAGUCUGGCUCAUUUGAAAGUCAAUUACAUGUUUUUGAAAGUGUUGGUUUAUUGAUCACUUUAGUAUCCAGCGAUGAUGGAAGAAUCAAUAUACUUGAAAAUGUGUUGCAACCGAUGUUCACAUCAUUAGAGGCAGCAAUUACCAAGCUCUCCUCAUCACAAUUAGAAAUUGUAGGUUUGGUCCAAGUUCAUCACUAUUUAAUUGCAAUGGGUAAUAUCUUAAAGGGGUUCGAGAGCUUAAGAGGCCAACAGUUCGAUCAAAGUAAGAUCUUAAAUGUUUUAAACCAAGUCUCUCAAGUCAUUCUUAUUACACUGGAAAAUUUCAUUGACUUUAACAUCAUCCGAGAAGCCAUCCAAUUUUGUAUAGUCAGACUAUACAUAAUUCUCAAUAAUAAUAACCAUAGUGAGAAGGAACUAUUACAGUCAAUCUUAUCCAAGUUUAUUUCAUGUAUCAUGCUCAAUUUUGAAAAAUUAAAAGUCCUGGAAAUUAUUAGUUUUAUCAACUUUGUUUCUCAAAUAUUCUAUCAAUCAUCAACAGAUGAAAGUUCUUACAUUUUAUUAUCUUCUUUAUUGGCUCCACUGUUGUCUAAGAUUUUCAUGAAAGUUGAAAACGACAAGAAUAAGGUGACUGACGAAUUUAGUAAGCAGGAAGUCCUUGAUUUACAAAGGUCUGUUAUGUCAAUGCUUAUUGCUAUUUCCAAUGACCAUUUGAAUUCAUUAUGGCUAGCCAAUGAAGAUAAUAAGGCCAUGUUAAUCAAUGUUAUUAAUACUAUGCUCUCCUACUCCUACAAUCACCAAGGAACCGAUUUAUCAAUAGUUAAGUUAUCCAUUCUUGUUUUAAACAUGUUAUGUCAAGGUUUAGGUAGUGGUAUUGUCGUUGAUCCACAGGAUAACUUCAGAAGCGAUAAUAACAAGUUUGAACAAGUUAAUGAAUUGUUGAUCAAUAACAGUAUUUUAUUAGUUGCAGAAUUAGGGUUGAAGGUUCCUGCUGCAAAUAAAAAUCUAUUGAAGGAUGCCCAGUUCAGAAACAACAUUACUUUAGAAGUUUGUAGACUUCUGAAAGGUAUUGCACAUAUUGGCUUUGAGUAUCCCGACUCAAAUACAUUACAGAAGAAGAAGUCUGAAAAUGCCACCGAUUCAAACAAAUUUACACCGUUACCUGUUGGUUUUAAUGAAGAAACAUGCCAACAAAUAUCAAAUACCUUAGUUGGUAAUUUUGGGUUUCCAUCCGAACUGGCGGCACAACUAGUUCAAACUCUAGUUUCUACUACAGACAGAAACUUUAUGAAAUACCUUAUAGACCUAGUUGAGAAGUUCUAG